UGCGCCGGCCCGGUGUGCGGAGAGCGAGGGCGCCGACGCGCGGCCGCUGUGGCGAGCCCAGGUGCGCGGCGCCCCGCCGCCCGGCCGGCAUGGCCCCCGCCGGGCCGCGUGCCCCGCCGCUCUGGGUCGUCACGGCCGCGGCGGCGGCCACCUGCGUGUCCGCGGCGCGCGGCGAAGUGAAUUUGCUGGACACGUCGACCAUCCACGGAGACUGGGGCUGGCUCACGUAUCCGGCUCACGGGUGGGACUCCAUCAACGAGGUGGACGAGUCCUUCCGGCCCAUCCACACCUACCAGGUGUGCAACGUCAUGAGCCCCUACCAGAACAACUGGCUGCGCACCAGCUGGGUGCCCCGCGACGGCGCCCGGCGCGUCUACGCCGAGAUCAAGUUCACCCUGCGCGACUGCAACAGCAUGCCGGGCGUGCUGGGCACCUGCAAGGAGACCUUCAACCUCUACUACCUGGAGUCGGACCGCGACCUGGGCGCCAGCACUCAGGAGAGCCAGUUCCUCAAAAUCGACACCAUAGCGGCGGACGAGAGCUUCACCGGCGCCGACCUGGGGGUGCGGCGGCUCAAGCUCAACACCGAGGUGCGCGGCGUGGGGCCCCUGAGCAAGCGCGGCUUCUACCUGGCCUUCCAGGACAUCGGCGCCUGCCUCGCCAUCCUCUCUCUGCGCAUCUACUACAAGAAGUGCCCCGCCAUGGUGCGCAAUCUGGCCGCCUUCUCGGAGGCGGUGACGGGGGCCGACUCGUCCUCGCUGGUGGAGGUGCGGGGCCAGUGCGUGCGGCACUCGGAGGAGCGGGACACGCCCAAGAUGUACUGCAGCGCGGAGGGCGAGUGGCUGGUGCCCAUCGGCAAGUGCGUGUGCAGCGCCGGCUACGAGGAGCGGCGGGAUGCCUGUGUGGCCUGCGAGCUGGGCUUCUACAAGUCAGCCCCUGGGGACCAGCUCUGUGCCCGCUGCCCUCCCCACAGCCACUCUGCAGCCCCUGCCGCCCAGGCCUGCCGCUGUGACCUCAGCUACUACCGCGCAGCCCUGGACCCCCCGUCCUCAGCCUGCACCCGGCCUCCGUCGGCACCGAUAAACCUGAUCUCCAGCGUGAAUGGGACGUCGGUGACUCUCGAGUGGGCCCCUCCGCUGGACCCGGGCGGCCGCAGCGACAUCACCUACAACGCCGUGUGCCGCCGCUGCCCCUGGGCCCUGAGCCACUGCGAGGCGUGUGGCAGCGGCACCCGCUUCGUGCCCCAGCAGACGAGCCUGGUGCAGGCCAGCCUUCUGGUGGCCAACCUGCUGGCGCACAUGAACUACUCCUUCCGGAUCGAGGCCGUCAAUGGCGUGUCCCACCUGAGCCCCGAGCCCCGCCAGGCUGCCGUCGUCAACAUCACCACGAACCAGGCAGCCCCGUCGCAGGUGGUGGCGAUCCGGCAGGAGCGGGCGGGCCAGACCAGCGUCUCGCUGCUGUGGCAGGAGCCGGAGCAGCCCAACGGCAUCAUCCUGGAGUACGAGAUCAAGUACUACGAGAAGGACAAGGAGAUGCAGAGCUACUCCACCCUCAAGGCCGUCACCACCAGAGCCACCAUCUCCGGCCUCAAGCCGGGCACGCGCUACGUGUUCCAGGUCCGCGCGCGCACCUCGGCAGGCUGCGGCCGCUUCAGCCAGGCCAUGGAGGUGGAGACUGGGAAACCCCGGCCCCGCUACGACACCCGGACCAUCGUCUGGAUCUGCCUGACGCUCAUCACGGGCCUGGUGGUGCUUCUGCUGCUGCUCAUCUGUAAGAAGAGGCACUGUGGCUACAGCAAGGCCUUCCAGGACUCGGACGAGGAGAAGAUGCACUAUCAGAACGGGCAGGCACCCCCUGUCUUCCUGCCCCUGCACCACCCCCCGGGGAAGCUGCCAGAGCCCCAGUUCUACGCAGAACCCCACAACUACGAGGAGCCGGGCCGGGCGGGCCGCGGUUUCACCCGAGAGAUCGAGGCCUCCAGGAUCCACAUCGAGAAAAUCAUCGGCUCUGGAGAGUCCGGGGAGGUCUGCUACGGGCGGCUGCAGGUGCCGGGGCAGCGGGACGUGCCCGUGGCCAUCAAGGCCCUCAAGGCUGGCUACACGGAGAGGCAGCGGCGGGACUUCCUGAGUGAGGCGUCCAUCAUGGGGCAGUUCGACCACCCUAACAUCAUCCGCCUCGAGGGUGUUGUCACCCGAGGCCGCCUGGCCAUGAUCGUGACCGAGUACAUGGAGAACGGCUCUCUGGACGCCUUCCUGAGGACCCACGACGGGCAGUUCACCAUCAUGCAGCUGGUGGGCAUGCUCAGGGGCGUGGGCGCCGGCAUGCGCUACCUCUCAGACCUGGGCUACAUCCACCGCGACCUGGCCGCACGCAACGUCCUGGUGGACGGCAACCUGGUCUGCAAGGUGUCCGACUUCGGGCUGUCGCGGGUGCUGGAGGACGACCCCGAUGCCGCCUACACCACCACGGGAGGGAAGAUCCCCAUCCGCUGGACGGCCCCCGAGGCCAUUGCCUUCCGCACCUUCUCCUCGGCCAGCGACGUGUGGAGCUUCGGCGUGGUCAUGUGGGAGGUGCUGGCCUACGGGGAGCGGCCCUACUGGAACAUGACCAACCGCGACGUCAUCAGCUCCGUGGAGGAGGGCUACCGCCUGCCUGCGCCCAUGGGCUGCCCCCGCGCCCUGCACCAGCUCAUGCUCGACUGCUGGCACAAGGACCGGGCCCAGCGGCCCCGCUUCUCCCAGAUCGUCAGCGUCCUCGACGCGCUGGUCCGCAGCCCCGAGAGUCUCAGGGCCACGGCCACUGUCAGCAGGUGCCCAGCCCCUGCCUUCGCCCGCAGCUGCUUUGACCUCCGAGGGGGCGGGGGCAGCGGCGGGGGCCUCACUGUGGGGGACUGGCUGGACUCCAUCCGCAUGGGCCGCUACCGAGACCACUUCGCUGCCGGCGGCUACUCCUCCCUGGGCAUGGUGCUGCGCAUGAACGCCCAGGACGUGCGUGCGCUGGGCAUCACCCUCAUGGGCCACCAGAAGAAGAUCCUGGGCAGCAUCCAGACCAUGCGGGCCCAGCUGACCAGCACCCAGGGGCCCCACCGGCACCUCUGAUCUGGGGCAGGGCCUGAGCAGCAACCGAGCCAGCCCCAGGUCACGCCGCUGUCAGAGGACUUGCAGGGCUGGCGGUGGCCGGGGAAGCCCCAGGCCUCUGCCCCUCGUCCCGGGCCGCCCUCCUUGCAGGCGCUCGGGGCUGAAGGCUCCGCCAGGGACCCGGAGUCAUCGGGGGUCAGCCUGCAGGAAGGGGACUUUGGUGCCCAGCGUGGCUGGACACCUGUGCUCCACACCACUGAGUCAACAGAGACUUCGUUCACCUGCUUCUGUGCACAUGUGUGCACGCGCACGUGUGUGUGUGCAUGCGUGCUGUGGGGAGUGUGUUCUCGUGAGGUCCUGGGAGCCCAUGUGAACGACAGGUGAUCACGCCUGUGUGUCCACACAGUCCGGUCCCAGAAUGGGUAUGUGCAUGUUAUGACACGUGUGCUUAUCCAUUACGGCUGGGGCACAUAUGAGUGACCAUGGAUGACAUGUCAUAGCAUGUGAGCAGGGAACUCAGCGUGAUGCCACCCAGGUCCCAACACCAACGGAGCCUGGGAGAGGGUCACGCCUGCCACCCCCACACCUGGAGGCUGGAGCCGGGGCCACUUCCGAACCGCACCAGCACCAGGCCCACCUCGUCUCUGCCUGGGUGAGCCCACCCUGGCUGUAUCUCAGGUCUGGGUCCUCCCUCGAGCCGGGGGCCACCUGCAGCCUCCGCCCGGCCCCCACCGCUGCUUCAACAGGAAAACAGGGUUUCCGGCCAGUCCCACUGGCCACCUUCCGUGUAGGCGUCACGGCAGAGCACACGGACGCCCUCUGCGGGACCCUCUCGUCUCUGCUGCCUUCCCCCGACGGCCCAGGCCUCCUCACUUGGAAGUCCCUUUGCCAACCUUUCCCUGCCCAGCCCUGCGCCACCCCCGGCCAUGCCUGGGAUCACACACCAUGAGGUCCCAGCUUCUCAGCCCGCGUCCAUCCCUUCCUGUACCAUUGGGGAGACUGAGGCCUGGAGGGGGCGUGCCUUGUCCAGGUCACAUGGCAACCAAGGGUGAGAGUUGGGGCCUCCUGCCUCCCAGCCCAGGGCUCUUCUCCCCACACACCACCCCACCCGGACCACCGCGGGGACAGGGCGCCUGGGAAGCCCCUCCCCCUCACAGACGGACCCUCCCCCUUACGGCCCACCAGGGUAUGUAAAUAUCUUUUUUCUACCAUGUCAGAAUAUUUUUUCCUCACUCCUGACAAUGCAAAAAUGGUCUUCAAAGCACAUAAAAAGCACCCAGGGUGAGAAAGCCCCAUCCCAGGGGCAGUUUGGCAGGUGGUUCAAGGCACCCCCAUCGGGUGCCACCUGCCAGCCCCAGAGGAAGGGGCCAGCUCAGCCCCCAGCCCCAGCCCCACAGCCAGCACAGCGACCCGCGGACACACCAGCACUGAGCCCCUCCCUCCUGCAAUAAUUCGGGGCGUCAGCCCCGCCCAGGUGCCGCGGCCAGCUCUCUCCACCUCUGAAUAUUAUGUUUCUCUGUGGCCGAGCUGCUCUUCCUUCCUAUGGAAGUCGGAAACUUGGGCAGGACACGACGGGGGCGACCCUGUCUUCCUCCCCACCCAUGCUCACCCGGUCUCUGGGCUCUGGAUCCUCACUGUUGCGGGGCACGGUGGGCCUGGCACUUGCAAAAGUGUGGCCCCUGCCCCCAGUGUGGGGUCCCUCUCGGGGUCCCCAGGGCCUGCCUCUCUGUGGUCUCCACCCUGAGUCUUGGACUUACCCACAAUGAGAAUAAAUUCUGCCUCAUCUUU